AUGUUGAGAAACAUCCAGACUUUCCUGCUUCCUGGUCAUUUCUACCUCCAGAAGAUCAUCCUCGCCUCGGACUUCAAGCCCGUCAGCAUCCUCAAGACUUCGCUCGGUGUUAAGCGCGCCAACACACUGCCCCUAUGGGAUCUCGACCCCAAGGUGAUCCUGAACACGAUCAUCAUCUCGAACGCUGGCGGUAUCAAGGACGUCCACUUUAUCCCGGCAACCCGCAGGGUGCCGGGCUGGUCAGGGCUGUCCAUCUCGACCAGGUCAGAAUCAUCUACCCCGAGCGCAAGAAUGCCAAGCAACGGCAAGCCCGGUGUUGCUGAGCUGCUGUUCGACCUUGACCCGAAGGCUCUCCUGACAUCUCGCAGGACGACCGGCCGGUUCGCGUACUUCACGCUUACCACGGCCAUCCACAUCGCCGCACUGGACAUCAGCGACCUGGGCGACGUAAACCGGCUGGACGACCCGAACGAGGACCAGCCGACGGUCGGGCCGCACCACGUCAAGAUCGCGCCGGACCGGCAGCACCUUGGCUCAUCAACACGCCCGCUCGCCGACUUCAGGGCGCUGUACAUCGACAUCGACGCCGACGGCAGCCUGCGCUUCAACCGCUCCAUCGAUUUCAGCAAGGAGUUCACCAACCGCGGCGGAGGCAAGCUCCACUCGAUUGUCGUCUAUGACACGACGGAUCCCAUGAAGCCGCUCUACUACUCGAGCAUUCGAGCUGAGGUUCCUAAAGGGAUAUUUUCCUUACCGGAUCAAUCUCGGAGAGAAUGGGAGCUGUAG